AAGCCACAUCUGUUUUGGCAUGAAAUCUCCAGAAGAGAUGCGUCAGCAAGCUCACAUUCAAGUGGUUAGCAAAAACUUGUAUAGUCAAGACAACCAUCACUCUCCGCUGCAGUAUGGAGUACUUGACCAUCGCAUGGGAACCAGUGAAAAAGACCGUCCCUGUGAAACCUGUGGAAAAAAUCUAGCUGAUUGCUUAGGACAUUAUGGGUACAUCGACUUAGAACUGCCCUGUUUUCAUGUUGGAUACUUCAAAGCUGUGAUAGGUAUCUUACAGAUGAUCUGCAAAACUUGUUGCCGUAUUAUGCUGUCAGUGGAAGAAAAAAAACAAUUUUUGGAUUACCUGAAGCGACCUGGCCUUACGUAUCUUCAGAAGAGAGGGCUAAAAAAGAAAGUGUCUGAAAAGUGCCGAAAGAAAAACACUUGUCCUUACUGUGGUGCCUUUAAUGGAACGGUGAAGAAGUGUGGUUUGUUGAAAAUAAUACAUGAAAAGUACAAGACAAAUAAGAAAGUGGUAGAUCCAAUAGUAUCUACUUUUCUCCAGUCCUUUGAAACUGCCAUAGAACAUAACAAAGAAGUAGAACCCUUACUGGGAAGAGCUCAGGAAAACUUAAAUCCUUUAGUAGUGUUGAACCUCUUCAAAAGAAUCCCAGCAGAAGAUAUCCCGUUGCUUCUAAUGAACCCAGAAGCAGGCAAACCUUCAGAUUUGAUCCUCACGCGACUCUUAGUGCCUCCACUGUGUAUCAGACCCUCUGUGGUGAGUGACUUGAAGUCUGGCACCAAUGAAGAUGAUUUAACAAUGAAACUGACAGAGAUAAUUUUCCUCAAUGAUGUAAUAAAAAAGCACAGGAUAUCAGGAGCCAAAACACAGAUGAUUAUGGAAGACUGGGACUUUCUUCAACUGCAGUGUGCCCUGUACAUUAACAGUGAGCUCUCGGGAAUUCCUCUCAACAUGGCACCUAAAAAAUGGACCAGAGGUUUUGUUCAGAGGCUCAAGGGAAAGCAAGGUCGGUUUAGAGGCAAUCUGUCUGGAAAGCGAGUGGAUUUCUCUGGCAGAACGGUCAUUUCACCUGAUCCUAACUUAAGAAUAGAUGAAGUAGCAGUGCCUAUUCAUGUUGCUAAAAUACUAACCUUUCCUGAAAAAGUGAACAAGGCAAAUAUUAAUUUUAUGAGGAAACUUGUCCGUAAUGGUCCUGACGUUCAUCCUGGAGCAAACUUCAUACAGCAAAGGCACACACAGAUGAAAAG